AUGAAUUCUGCAACGAUAGCCUCUGCUGUCGUCCUCUUCAGCUCGAUCAUCUUUUGGUGGUAUCGCAGCACCCGCUCAACAAAUUAUUUCCAGCUAUCAGGCGUCCGCGCUCCAACGCCUCUUCCUCAUUUCGACGUCGAUAAGACCCUCGCCAGACCAUAUCGUCCUUUCAGAUGGGAGUAUCACCAAACGAUGAGCCUCAAGGCCAUGGACCCAGACCGUUGGAUUGAGCUCGAGUCCACCUACAAGGAGCGAAUCAAGCAACGAAAUGCACUCUACGCAAAGUAUGGCAAGAAGAUCAUCGACUGCCUGCCCGGCGCAGAAUCUGCAUGCCGCGAGUUGAUGGAAAUGGUCGUCCAGUUCAUUUGCGUGCGCUAUCCAGGCCAAUUUUCGGUCGAUUAUCGUUCUGGCCUUUUCAACAACCGUAUACUGGGGACAACAUCGAAUAUCUUCACUAUAGAGCCCCUCCACUUCCUCCUGCAGCACGUCCCUGAAGACUUUCUAAUCACCCAACCCGAUAGCAAGACAGGGCUUUACACCUUCCGCGCAGGCGUCUCUUGCUCGUCUGUCGGGUGGAAUGUCUCCACUAAAAUCGGUCUCGAUCUCUCCGGCAUCCAUGCCCCAGUCCCCGACUACGAGGACAAAAUGGCCUUCUCUAUGAACAGGUUCUUCUCAAGCAUGAAGGUUGACAAACCAAUCCAGCGCGGCUCAUGGAGUUUAGAAAUUGGCCAGCCACUAUUUCUUCAGGAGGACGAGCCAGAUUUUCGGCAAAGCAAGCCCAACGUUUCGCUCGAUGACAUCCAUCUACGGGUGGACUGGCAGACGUUGAGGCGACUGCCUCGCUCCCGAGCUAUCGUGUUUAACUUCAAGCCACUCUUCACAUCCGUCAAGCAGUUCAGACAUGAACCGUACAUUCCUCGCCUUCUGCUGCGAAUUCUUCGCGAAAGCAAAGCGUCAUUGUUGGAGUACAAGGCUACGUCACACGUCGAGCAUAUCGUUAUCCCCGCUCUCUGGAUUGGCGAGAGCGGACUUUAG